AUGGCCGAUCGAACGACCAACAUGGCCGAAGAAGAUCAAGACAGGGAGGUACAUACAAAUGAAGUGGAGAUUGAUGAAAAUAGCACAGCUACUUUGGGCGAAGAAAAACAAAAAAUAAAGAAAGAGGGAAUAGAUUUCAAGGUCAAAAAGAAGGAAGAAAAACAAAAACAAAAGAAAGGGGAUAUAGAUUUCGAAGUCGAAAAGAAUGAAGAAAAAGAAAAAAUAGACAAAAAACGAGGAGACCAGGUCGUCUCGAGACAAACAGAAAAAGAAAAAAUAGAAAUUAAAAUGGACCAGGAGGUCGAAAAGUUGAAAGAUGGUAAAGAGCAAGAGUCAGAACUCAAGUUAGAUUGUAUUUUCGAUGAUUCAUCGUUGGGAUUCAAAAGAGCAACAAAGGAGGAACAUAAAUUAGAAUCUGAAGAUCCACUCGAGGAAAUUAACUUGGGAACUGUUGAGAACAGAAAAGUGACUUAUAUUAGCAAGCUCUUGCAAAGGGAAUUGAAGGAGGAAAUAAUUCGAGUUUUGCAUGAAUAUAAAGAUUGCUUUGCAUGA